CCUCCACAAGAAGCUCUACAUCUCUUGCCACUUUCUUCCGCCUCUCAGAUCUCGCCCUUUCCAUUUGCUGCCUCUUCAAAACUAUUGUGGAAGCGGAGGCGCGCAGAUCUCCAGAUCUGUCUACCCUUUGCGCGAUUUCGCUGAUGAACUAAAUUGUGUCCGGGGGUUUCGUGGGAAUUUUGGAUCUAAGCAACUUUUAGCAGAAUUUUGGUGAUCAGCAGCCGGAGAAGGAAGGAUGUUUCGGAUUGAAUCUGAUCCUUUGGGAAGUCCAUCUAAACAAAAAUGGUGAAGAUUUGCUGCAUCGGUGCCGGCUAUGUCGGUGGCCCAACAAUGGCGGUCAUUGCUCUGAAAUGCCCUUCCGUUGAGGUGGUAGUUGUAGACAUUUCCGCUGUUCGCAUUGCUGCAUGGAAUUCUGAGCAACUUCCAAUCUAUGAGCCUGGACUUGAUGAAAUUGUGAAGCAAUGCAGAGGAAAAAACCUAUUCUUUAGCACUGACGUGGAGAAGUAUGUUCGUGAGGCCGAUAUCAUUUUUGUCUCAGUGAACACACCCACCAAAACCCGUGGCCUUGGUGCUGGCAAGGCAGCUGACCUCACCUACUGGGAGAGUGCUGCUCGGAUGAUAGCCGACGUCUCACAAUCUGAUAAGAUUGUGGUUGAGAAGUCCACCGUCCCUGUCAAGACUGCUGAGGCUAUUGAGAAGAUUUUAACCCAUAACAGCAAAGGCAUCAACUACCAGAUUCUCUCCAACCCAGAGUUCCUCGCAGAGGGUACAGCAAUUCAGGACCUAUUCAGCCCCGAUCGUGUCCUCAUCGGUGGUCGGGAAACUCCAGAGGGUCAAAAGGCAAUCCAGGCGCUAAAAAAUGUGUAUGCCCAUUGGGUUCCUGAGGAAAGAAUUCUCACUACCAAUCUAUGGUCAGCUGAGCUAUCCAAGCUUGCUGCUAAUGCUUUCCUAGCUCAGAGGAUCUCAUCCGUGAAUGCCAUUUCAGCCCUCUGUGAAGCCACAGGGGCAAAUGUAGCUGAAGUGGCUUAUGCCGUUGGCAAGGACAGUAGAAUUGGCCCUAAGUUCUUGAAUGCGAGUGUCGGUUUUGGUGGCUCAUGCUUCCAGAAGGACAUUCUCAACUUGGUUUAUAUCUGUGAAUGCAAUGGCCUCCCUGAGGUGGCCAACUACUGGAAGCAAGUCAUCAAGAUCAAUGACUACCAAAAGAGCAGGUUCGUGAACCGUGUUGUCUCUUCCAUGUUCAAUACAGUGUCGGGAAAGAAGAUUGCUGUUCUUGGCUUUGCCUUCAAGAAGGAUACUGGCGACACAAGGGAGACUCCUGCAAUUGAUGUGUGCAAGGGCCUCAUAGGUGACAAAGCCAAGAUCAGCAUCUAUGAUCCGCAGGUGACUGAGGACCAGAUCCAGCGUGAUCUUGCCAUGAACAAAUUUGAUUGGGAUCACCCUAUCCACCUGCAACCAAUGAGCCCAACCGCAGUGAAGGAGGUGUCAGUGACCUGGGAUGCUUAUGAGGCCACUAAGGGGGCACAUGGAAUUUGCAUUCUGACUGAGUGGGAUGAAUUUAAAAAACUGGACUAUGCUAAAAUCUAUAAUAACAUGCAGAAGCCUGCUUUCAUCUUUGAUGGUCGCAAUGUGGUAGACCCCGAGAAGCUUAGGGAGAUUGGCUUCAUCGUUUAUUCGAUUGGAAAGCCAUUGGACCCAUGGCUCAAGGAUAUGCCUGCCGUGGCCUGAUUGGGAGAUCUGGUAAUCAGUGACAUAUGGUGGGAGCUCUUAUAGAUGAUAAAUACUAGCUUUCGUGGUUCGGAUUGAGAAUUCUCCCUUGAUCGUUGUCUUGUGGCCUCUUGUUUAGGCAUUAUUAGUUUAAAAGAUGUCGAUUACACUAUUUCCUGCUUCUUCUGUUGCUGUACUUUUUGAAUACCUUUUGUUGCAUUACAUUACAUGGGAGUACUGAUAUAUUUUUUUUGUUGACUAGGUAAAUUUUACUAUGACAAAACAUGAUUGGAAGUUUCUUUA